UCAAUAUGUGCGCGAGUUGGGGUAGAGUCGGAAGAAUAUUAGUCGGGCAAGGCGGUAAAUCUCCACCGGAAUCGUAAAAUAUCGAAGAACAGAGCAAGUGCAGAGACUCGGAGCCAGGGCAAGGAUUGGUUUGAGGAUACUGGAGAAGAUCUGUACCUCUUAUUCUUGCGAGAUUACUGAGACGAGCGAGUUCAGUUUCGAUUUUCAGCUGCUACGGAAAUAAUGGCUGGAAGAGAAGUUCGAGAAUACACCAACCUCACCGACCCCAAAGAUAAGAAAUUGGGGAAAGGGAAGGAUAAAAUUGACGAUGAAGACGUCACUUUCCAGCGUAUGGUUGCCAAGAUGCAAGAGGUUGCAGGAGAACGUGGAGGUUACCUUCACGGAAGAGGCGCCCUUGACAGCGAUGACUUACUCUAUCUUAAGGAGCAGAUGGAAGCUGAAGAGGAUGCAGAACGUCUCCUACGCCGCACUGAGAAACGGGCAUUUGCUGCCUUUAAAAAGGCUGCUACACUGGCAGAUUCUUCACCUGCAUCAGUACCCCUGCCACUUCGAGUUGAGCCCAAGUCAAAGAGUGGGAUUCGGCAGCAAGAUCUACUGAAAAAAGUUGUGGAAAUCAAGCCCAAACGCCAGAAAGUCUCGAGCUUAUCAGAUGGGAAUCGGCCCACCAUUGUUCCAAGGGAAGAAGGUUCCACAGAUCUCAAGUUUGAGGCUCAGCAGCAGGAGAAAGAAUCUUCUGAUCGGCAGACAGUAACCCAAUCAGAGAACAGGAUGGAAGUGGAUAACCCGGCUAAACGUUUACUGGGAUUAGCAUAUGAAAGUUCUGAGGAUGAGGACUGAUGGUGUUAAUGAACAGUGUGCUUGUGCAAUGUAACAUUUUUGGUUGUUCUUUUAAUUACACAUUAAUUAAACAUGUCUUGUUUCAGUACAGAAAUAUCCCAUUGUGUAGUAGACAGUAGGAAAAAUAGGUAAUUAAGAAUCGUAGCCCAUUGCUGAGCUGAUACAAGUAGUUGUUAGCCUGGAUCUAGUUGCACACGGGUACUGGGAUCGAAGGACGACGCCCCGUGUCUACGUUUCAGCAUCUGGAGAACCGAGGGCACCGAAGAGCACCCGAUGAGCUAGUUAAUGACCUGACGGAUUUGGCGUCUGCAACUGGGAAUGACUGCUCGCGAUUAUAGUGUGGUCGAACAAUUCUCCGAGCUUCUAUCGGAGUGUUGAAAAGAGCUCCAUUCUCGAAAAGGUCACCCACUGACUGGAAAUUCAUAGGCUUUCCACCAUGCCCCCAUGUCACCUGUUAAGGAAUGAGUGUAUUUGUAUUUUAAAAACUAGGCCUUCUCAUUUUGUUUCUGGAGUAGCGUCUGUUGAUAAUGAAAUAGAGGUGGUUACAUUA